AUGCCCUCCUCACUAGCCGACUAUCUCGCCAAAAACUACCUCACAGCGGACCCGGCAACGGAAAGACCCAAGAAGAAGCGCAAGAAGACCAAGGCCGUCGACACCGCUAGCGAGGGUCUCAUCAUCGCCGACGACGACCCGCCCGAUCUCCGCGCUUCGAAUUUGAAUACUGUCAACGAUGACGAAGAUGGCCCGUCGGUAGUGAAUGCGGGGAGUGCGGAGUUUCGGCGGGCGAAGAAAUCGAGCUGGAAGACUGUUGGUGGAGGAGCAGGGGAGCAGGAUGCCGCGGAUGCUAUUCUAGCUUCUGCUGCUGCGGAGGAUGCAGCGAGGAGAGGGGAGGGUGCUGAUGAGGAGGCGCCGGCUAUAGCUGAUGAAGAUGAGGGGGGGCCGCGGAUGGAGUCUGGAGCACGCGCGGGUCUACAAACGGCCGAACAGACGGCAGCGAUGGUAGCUGCCCAGGAACGACGGAAGAAACUCGACGCCGCGAAAUACAAGAAUAAACCGCAAGACGAGGGCGCGCAAGAGACUAUCUACCGUGAUGCAUCGGGACGAAUCAUCAACGUUGCGAUGAAGAGAGCGGAGGCGCGGAAAGCGGAGGAGGAGAAACGGCUGAAGGAAGAACAAGCCAAGGAGGAGCUUAUGGGUGAUGUGCAGCGACAGGAACGCGCCGCACGCAAGCAGCAGCUGGAAGAUGUGCGGGCGAUGCCUGUUGCGCGGACGAUUGAGGAUGACUCGUUGAACGAUGAGCUCAAGGCACAGCAGCGGUGGAACGAUCCUGCCGCGCAGUUCUUGACCAACACCAAGGGGCCUGGGGCUAGUGCUACGGGGAAGCCGUUAUACAAGGGGGCCUACCAGCCGAAUCGGUAUGGAAUCCGGCCUGGACAUCGGUGGGAUGGGGUGGAUCGGGGCAUUGGGUUUGAGAAGGACUGGUUUGCGGCAAGGAAUCGGAAGGGGAGACUUGAGGCUUUGGAUUACCAAUGGCAGAUGGAUGAGUAG